CUAUUCCGGACAUGCGCAGUGUACUUUUGAGCUGCCAUCUUGGCGAAGUCACCGCAAAUUUACGUGGAAUUUGUACGGAAGAAAUUUUGUUUUUCGAACUUAAAAGAUGUAUUUGAGCCAAUAGUGUUUCAGGUGACAUGACAACAGAAAUGUGAGGCAAAGUCGAAUAGUGUACUGUGAUUCUUGUAUUGUUUCCAAAUCUUCAUGGGUUGAUGAUAAAUUUCAAUUAUUUGGAUAAAGAUGGAUGGAAGUGAAGCAGCCAACAAGCCCCAUAUGGAAACUGCCAAUGUCGACACAAAUACUGCUGGUCUUGAACCUUCACCACAGCCAUCACCUUCUGGUAUGGCAGCUGGACCGUCUGUUGUUCAAACUUCAGGGGCAAGUGAGAAGAAUGGUGGAACUGUUGGUCCUCAAGGUAUCGUUAUUCUUCAACAACCAAGACCGGGGUUUGUAAGGUCUUUCAAGCAAGCCCAAGUGCUCCCACAAAUUAAGAUGAAACCAACAGGCAUUAUGCCAAAGAAGAACAUCCUCAAGGAGAGGCCUGUGAUUGUCAAGAAACGCUUACCAUCACCAGGGUCUCCACUUCAAGGAGUGCAGACUCCACCAACAAAGACUACACCACCAGAAAAAGAGGCAGAGGCAGUAGCCUCUGCAAAGGCAACUGCUUCUGCUGCUGCUGCUGCUGCCGCUGCUGCAGCAGCUGCGAGAGCCAGGAAGACUCCACCUCCCUUCAACCCUCUGGGAUCAAACCUUGCCCCCAAACCUCUUACUCAAACCUCUGGCUCAGGUGGAACUAACUUGGUUCCAACACCUGCUGCACCUAAAAAUGUCAUACAAACAAUUAAAACUGAGGGUGCAGGAUACAUUCUGAAUCAGGUUGUUCCUAAGGGUCAGUCUCCUGUUCCGACUCCUGCACCUCCAAAAACUAGUGUUCCACAGCAACCUCCACUAAAGAAACUUGCUGUUUUGGCUGCUGCUCCUCAUGGAAAGAAUGAGAACGUGCAACAAGUUAACAUAAAGCCACUUUGCCAGGUACCUGUAAUAAGACGAGAUUCACAGUCUGAGCAGCAGCAGCAUCAACUUCAACAGCAACAACAAACACAGCAACAGCUGCAACAGCAGCUUAGACCUCUGAAAGUGUUUGUAGCCAACCCUCAAGCCCUUAGUGGAGGAGAUGGCAAAGCACAAAUUAAAACAGCUCAUAUGGACAGUUCUGGAAAAGUUCAACUCGGUAAGGUUAUACAUGGCCUCCCAAAAUCUAGACUUGUACCUGCUUCGAUAUCCCCUAAAAUUGUUGUAGGUGCACCUGUUAAACCGACACAGGCGGGUCCAGUUGGGGCACCACAACCUGUGAAAGUAUCUGGAAUUCAAACAAUUCAGCAGUCAAUCCCUAAUGCACAGCCCAAUACUACUAACCAACCACAGCAAGUAACAGUCUCAUCUGCAAAACUUCAAGGCGGUCAAUUCCAGUUUGUAGCUGCUAAUGGACAGAAAUAUGUACUUACUUCUUCACUGUUUCCCACUUUAACAACAACCUCUCAGGCCACACUUACUCCUGUACAGACCAGUGCCAGUAAUGCAAAUGCUGCAGGCCCGGUAGCUGCAGGCAACCAACCAAUUACUGUCCAGCUCAGUUCUGGUGCACAGAUAAUUCGUAAUCGGAGCUCUCAGGUCCAAUCGGGCAAAACAAGUUUACAACAGGUAUCAGGGCCAAUUGUAAAGGGUAAACCAGUGCCUGUUCAGCAGGCUCUUGCUAAGAUUGCUGCCUCUGCCCAGGUCUCUGGAGGUCAGAGAAUUCAAAUACUUCCCUCUGGGAAGUUAAUUCCUGGGUUGACCCUGGCCAGUGGUAGUCCCACCAUGAUAUCACCAGGGAUCAAAUCACCACAGGCAAAGAUCACCACCCUUGGGCAAGUUGGUGCUCUUACAAACUCUCAACAGGGUGGCAAUCCUCAGCAACAAACUCAAGGUCAGCUCCCUACCGGUACCAUUGGUCCACCCCCACCAACCUCUGCUCCCACAUCAUCUAUGAACCUUGUGUACCAACAACCCAUCCAGGGUGCUAAGAAUACCAUUAUGGUGGCCAAGCCUUCAGGAAGUGGCAACCAACAACCAAAGAAACCCAGUGGCACUUUGCAACAGCUCAUCCCUCAUCAUAUCAUAGCUGGAGGCAACAAUCAGAUUCUGCUCCAGUCAACUACAUUGCCAUCACAGCCAAUUAGGACUAAACUCGUCCAAGCACCAAUACAGAUUUCUAAUGCUCCAUCCAUCUCAAAUGGUAGCAAACCACAAGCAAAGCAACCAGACAUGCAACAAACAAUGCAACCACCACCUCCUCCAUCUGCUACGAAUGCAACACCAAGCAGUGUCAGCCAAUCAGGUAGCACUCCAACUGCAAAUCCAGCCCUGAUGCAGCCUCAGCUUCUACAGACAUGUGGUGCCCAGGCUACUAUUGGACUCAUCCAGGUACCAAUGGUGAACAUUGGUCAUCCUCUCCAGCUACAGUCGACUGCCAGUUCAACCAGUAUGACCUCUAAUCAGUCUGGUACUAUCUUGGCUAAGAGUGGAAACACCACCCCACACUUGGUACCAAGUAAUGCCAUUUCUCCUGGUCAAAUAUUCCAGCUGGUGCAGGGUCCAGGAAAAGUACCUGUACUGUCACCAGCAAUUAAAGAAAUUGAGGUCAAACAUGCUUCUACACCCAUUCCUAUUGCCCCUGCUGUGAAAGCCCCUGUGAAACCUAUCAAGCCAAGUGAAACAGAAGAGCAAGAAAAAGACAAAGAUGAGUCUGAAGAACCACUAUCUAGCAUCGAUAUAGCACUCAAGUAUGGAACAUUUCCUCAGGCUCCAAUUCCAAUGAAUAAACGUAAGGCUUCUGAAAUGAUGGAUGAAUCUGAAGAGAACAGUAUUCACAAAGCACUCAAAGUUGAAGUUAACAGGCCAGAGGAAGAGAAUGUCGAGUUCUCAUGGGAGGAGUAUCUGGAUAUCACUGGAGCUGCAGCUGCACCAUCCUCAACCUUCUCUCAUGUGGAAUCUAGUCUGAUAUGCUAUGUGAAGGUCGGAAUGAAGGUGGAGGUACCCAAUCCUAUAAUGACUUAUCCUAUCCAUGUCAAAAGUUACUGGGUAGCAACCAUCAUAGCUCUCUCUGGCUCCCUCAUGCUGUUGAGGUAUGAUGGAUGGGAGGAAGGGGACCGCUCGGGGGACUUCUGGUGGGACCUCGUCUCCAUGGAAGUCCAUCCAAUUGGAUGGUGUGCCAGGAAUGGAUAUGUCCUAACACCACCAAAUACUCUUAUCCAUAAACCAAUCAACUGGCAAGACUUCCUGAUCCAGACUCUUACAGGCACAAAGACCAUUCCAGAGCAGAUUUUAAAAGGAGCUCCAAACAGCCUUUACCCAGUGAUGAGGCUCAAGAAAGACAUCCAGGUGGACGUUAUAGAUGAGAAGUGCCCUCUACAGGCCUGGAUCUGUACUAUCAUUGAAAACUAUGGAGGCCGUCUGAAGCUGCGUAACAUGGGGUAUCCUGACGGUGAUCAUGACUUCUGGCUCUUCUACCAGUCAUGGCGGGUUCACCCUGUAGGCUGGGCCAAGGAGAGAAAAGUGGCUGUUGGUCCCCCAAAAUCUGUGAAAGAUUACAAUGCCCAUUGUCAUUCCGGUCAUUAUGCUGCCAUGUACAGGAACUCUCUAAACAAGGCUGUAGAAUCACUCAAUCUACCAGCUGAGCUGUUCAAGGAGCAUAACAAAAUCACUGUCCACAAGUUCUUGGCUGGAAUGCGAUUGGAAGCUGUCAACCCCAAGGCUCCAUCCCAGAUAUGCCCCGCCACCGUCACCGAGGUCUUCAAUAUUUACUUCUUCCGGGUCACAAUCGAUGACCUUCGACCUGAGGGUGAGAGGGAGGAGAUCCAUGUGACUUGCCAUGGCAUGUCCGGAGGGAUCUUUCCUGUUGGUUGGGCUCAACAGACAGGUGUCACAGUCACCGCACCAAAAGGCUAUGUCACUGUUCAGCCAGAUGGCCACUUUGAUUGGAAUACGUACCUGAGACAUGUGAAAGGAAAGCUUGCAAAUAAAAAUAUAUUCAAGCUGACAUCUGAGCAUGAAUUCCAGCAUGGCAUGAAGCUAGAGGCCGUCAACCCCUUCAAUGCCAACCAGAUUUGCCCUGCCACAGUGACCAAGAUAGCUGGCCGCCACAUGUGGUUGCACUUUGAUGGUAGCAAACUUCCCAACCACAUUGUUGAUGUGGAUUCAAUGGACAUCUUUCCGGUUGGGUGGUGUGAGAGUAAUGGUUACCCUUUGAGAACACCCAAGAAACUACUUGCAAGGAAAGCAAAGCGGGUCGCCAUUGUUUGGCCUGAGAAGCAGAGGUUUGCACCAAUGAGCCCUGGACGAGAUCUCUAUCAUAGAGUAAGGGAAGUAAGAGAGGCAGCUAAGGAUGAAGAAGGAGCAGAAGAAGAUUGGAUCAACAAGGUGUACUACAAUCACAAGUGUUUCUCUGGUCCUUACCUGAACAAGGGACGUAUCGCUGAGCUUCCCAAGUCCGUGGGACCAGGUAUGGUACCCUUGGUGCUAAGAGAGGUGCUCCACAUGUUGAUCAAUGCUGCUUACAAGCCUCCUCGUGUGCUCCGGGAGAUCCAGGUUGAGAACGAAGAGACGGCAGGAAUGAAUGGCUCCCUUCAUGUCAUGAAAGCUAAAUACAAGGGUAAGAGUUACCGUGCCAUGAUUGAGUUAUGCAAGACAGCCAGCGAGGUACCAAGUUUCCUGAGAAACACCUGUCUGAGUUUAGAAUGUUGUCCUAAUCUGAUCUCGCUGCAUCAGGUACAAGAUAAUUGCCCAGAACAGUGCUUCAACCUCAACAAGAGUAAAUACAUACAAGCAUAUGGCAGGAAACACAAGCCGGCCCGUCUUGGAAGACCACCUGCCCCUAAGCCCCCGGCCAAGACGAGUGAGAAGAAGGGGAAUGGGCGCAGACGUAAGAAGAGGCGGCAGCUUUUCAUCCAUCGGAAGAAACACAACAAUCUAAAGCCAGAGUCACCAGAGAAAACUAGAGCUGAAGGAGGGGUUCAAGGUGGAGGUGGAGGGGAUGCUUCUACAGCAUUGGGCAAUGCUGAAGCAGAUCCCAGGAGGAGAGAAGUACUACACUCAGCAAAGAAACCACUAGUCAGUAGAGCUAAAGCACUGCUUGACUCUGCAAAAAGAACAAAGCUUCAGCACAGUACUCCCAAGUUGGUUCUACCUCAUCGAGAGAGGGGAACUAAGAUGAAGACCUUUGCUGCUAGACUUACAUCAUCUAGAGCUCAGAGGAGGGAGGAAGAGAGGGAGAGGAUGGAGCAACAAGAGAAACAACUCAUGCAACAACACCAGAAGAAGUUGCAGCAACAGCAGAAGCAGCUGGAGCAGCAACAACGUGCAGAAGACCAAAAACAGAAACAUGCCAAAGAUAAGAAGCAAACACCCAGCCCAGUGAAGAGUGAAAAUACUUUGAAGCUGGAGAGUAAUCCUCUUCAUUGGAGUGUUGAUAAAGUCGUGAAAUUUAUCAAGAAGACAGAUUGUGCCAAUCUUGCCAAAAUGUUCAAAGAGCAGGAGAUUGAUGGUCAGGCCCUUCUCCUCCUCACACUGCCUACAGUACAAGAAUGUAUGGAACUGAAAUUAGGACCUGCCAUCAAGUUGUGCCAUCACAUUGAACGGGUUAAGAUAGCAUUCUACGAGCAGUAUGCAUCAUGACAUCCCAAAUAUAUCAAAUUGAAAAGGAAAUCAGCAAACCCCCAUGAACUGUAUUAGGAAAAGAGUUGGUUCAUUCAGGUAAUCUGUGAAAGUAUUCACCAAUGAAUCGUGCCCAAAGUAGGUUAGAUGGCAUUCUAUGAGCAGUAUAUGUCAUAACAUCUAUCAUAUUGAAAAAAAUGAUAUUCUAGAUGAUAUUCUAUGAGUAACUAUGCACCAUCAUUGUAUUGCCAGUUUCUAGAAAGACUGUUAGGUCUUUACUGGCUUUGGGUGGUCAGUGGAACAAACAGAAACUGUAAGAGGUGACUGUAGCAAUUUUGAAGUAUAGAACUCUUCAAAAUGUAUCACAAGCCCAGGAUUUCAACAAGCUACAAUCGAUGAGGGUAAUGCAGGCUGAAAUGUGCUGAUUUUUACCUUCAUGCAACUUUCAAAAUUUGCAGGGGGUUGUAAUUCUUGAAUGAUGGUACUUAAUGACUUCAAAGAUUCAAAUUACUCUAUAUGUAAAGCAGAUGUGUAUAGUUUACUUGCUGUUUGAAGAAGUAUUGAACAUGUUAUCAUGAUACAAAUGCCAAUAUCCCAUUGUGUAACUUAUUGUAGAGGCCACAGGAAUCACUCUUGCAAUUGAAGAAUAUAAUCUACUAUUUGUAUAGGAGAAGGGUGGCAUUUGUAGUGCUCAAUGUUGACACCUUUUGCAGGCUCUCAUCAAUUCAAUCUGCUUAUUUACAAAACUUGUACAUUAAAGGGAAAUGUCUAGUUAAGUGUUCAACCAACUUCAGUCAUUUAUCAAUUAUUUUUGUUUGUGCUUUACAUUUGAUUUGUAAAGCACUCAGAGACUUAGUAAAAAUGUAUCAGUGAAAGCAUGAUAUUAUUUCUUUUCAUUAUGAUUGUCUAUUAUGAUUGUCUAUCUUUCAAAAUGAUUGUCUAUUCCAUCAGUUCUCAGAGGGGCUUGUAAAAAAUCAAAGAUCGCAGUGAUUCAAUUUCCUUAAUACUCCUUUUCCAAAUUGAGAUAUAUAGAGCUUUACUUUAUGCAUACAUAUUACUUUUCUGAUGAAAAGUAACUUGCAUUGUAUUUCUGAAUGAUGAUGAAAUGAAAGAUAGUCUUAAGCCAAAAUAUGCAAGUACUCUUGUCUAGAAUUGGUUUGAAAAUUUAAACUCACCUUUGCCACCGUCU